UCUCAGCUUUUGCUCUUCCAACCUGCUAAAAGGAAUUCCUGGAUCUAAACACCAGUAUUUGACAUUGUGCAGCAAAGAAAUGGUUAUGGAGAAGCCCAGUCCGCUGCUUGUAGGGCGGGAGUUUGUGAGGCAAUAUUAUACUUUGCUGAAUAAAGCUCCAGAAUAUUUACACAGGUUUUAUGGCAGGAAUUCUUCUUAUGUUCAUGGUGGAGUAGAUGCUAGUGGAGAGCCCCAGGAGGCUGUCUAUGGCCAAAAUGAUAUACACCACAAAGUAUUAUCUCUGAACUUCAGCGAAUGUCAUACUAAAAUUCGUCACGUGGAUGCUCAUGCAACCUUGAGUGAUGGACUAGUGGUCCAGGUCAUGGGUUUGCUGUCUAACAGGGGACAACCAGAGAGGAAGUUUAUGUAAACCUUUGUUCUGGCUCCUGAAGGAUCUGUUCCAAAUAAGUUUUAUGUUCACAAUGAUGUGUGUCGUUAUGAAGAUGAAGUAUUUGGUGAUUCUGAACCAGAACUUGAUGAAGAAUCAGAAGAUGAAGUAGAGGAAGAACAAGAGGAAAGACAGCCGUCUCCAGAACCUGUGCAGGAGAAUGCUAACAGUGGCUACUAUGAAGCUCACCCUGUGACUAAUGGCAUAGAGGAGCCUUUAGAAGAAUCCUCGCAUGAACCUGAACCUGAGCCCGAAUCUGAAGCAAAGACUGAAGAGCUGAAACCUGCAGUGGAGGAGAAGAACUUGGAAGAGUUAGAGGAGAAGUCUGCUUCUCCUCCACCUGCUGAACCUGUUUCUCUGCCACAGGAACCACCAAAGGCUUUCUUCUGGGCUUCAGCAACCAGUAAAAACCUGCCUCCUAGUGGCACUGCUUCUUCCUCUGGAAUUCCACCCCAUGUUAAAGCACCAGUCUCACAGCCGAGAGUGGAAGCUAAACCAGAAGUUCAAUCUCAGCCACCUCGUGUGCGUGAACAACGACCUAGAGAGCGACCUGGUUUCCCUCCUAGAGGACCAAGACCAGGCAGAGGAGAUAUUGAACAGAAUGAAUCUGAGAACCGUAGAAUAAUUCACUAUCCAGAUAGUCAUCAACUCUUUGGUGGUAACUUGCCACAUGAUAUUGAUGAAAAUGAAGUAAAAGAGUUCUUCAUGAGUUUUAGAAAUGUUGUGGAACUUCGCGUCAAUACCAAGGGUGUUGGCGGAAAGCUUCCAAAUUUUGGUUUUGUGGUUUUUGAUGACUCCAAACCAGUUCAGAGAAUCUUAAUUGCAAAACCAAUUAUGUUUCGAGGGGAAGUACAUUUAAAUGUGGAAGAGAAAAAGACAAGAGCUGCCGGAGAGCGAGAAACUCGAGGUGGUGGUGAUGACCGCCGGGAUAUUAGGCGCAGUGAUCGAGGUCCUGGUGGUCCCCGGGGAAUAGUGGGCGGUGGAAUGAUGCGCGACCGGGAUGGAAGAGGACCCCCUCCGAGAGGUGGCAUGGCACAGAAACUUGGCUCUGGGAGAGGAGCCGGGCAGAUGGAAGGCCACUUCACAGGACAGCGUCGCUGA